GUCAACCUGACAAACCACCCAUAAGCUAUGCUCGAAGAUCUAAAUUUUGUAGCUUUUACGGUUAAAUCUGCAACCACAAAGCAAAAACUCAAAGCCCCUCUCUCUUCUUUGCGUUUCUAGCAAUCAAAGAUUGAUAUAAAAUCGUCUCAGUUUCCAUUGAAAAAGAAAACCCAGAAAAAAGUUACUAAAUUCAUCCGUUAAGCUCUGAAAAGAAACGGUUUUUGUUUUGGAGGAGGAUGGCAAGUGGGGAUCUAGAGCAAGGAGGUGGAAUGAAUGAGAAGCACAGGCCAAAUAUCUAUCACCGACCAACAUCUCCCUACCAUGUUGAAAACACUGAAAAGCAAUGGACUUCGUGGCUUGUCCCGAUGAUUGUGGUGGCUAACGCUGCUGUUUUUGUUGUGGUGAUGUACAUCAAUGAUUGUCCUAAGAACAAUCUGGGAUUUGAAGGAAGCUGUGUGGCUGAGUUUCUUGGCAGGCUUUCUUUUCAGCCUUUGAGAGAAAAUCCUCUCUUCGGCCCUUCUUCUAAUACAUUGGAAAAAUUGGGAGCACUAGAGUGGAACAAGGUAGUGCAUGGCAAUCAAGGAUGGAGGCUUAUUACUUGCAUUUGGCUUCAUGCUGGUGUUAUUCAUCUGCUCGCUAACAUGUUGAGCUUGGUCUAUAUUGGAAUGCGCCUUGAACAGCAAUUUGGAUUCGUGCGUAUUGGGCUUAUCUAUCUGUUGUCUGGCCUUGGUGGGAGUAUACUAUCUUCUCUUUUCAUACAGCAUAAUAUUUCUGUUGGUGCCUCUGGUGCUUUAUUUGGCCUUCUCGGGGCAAUGUUAUCGGAGCUUCUAACUAACUGGACUAUCUAUACGAAUAAGGCUGCUGCUCUGAUCACACUUGUGGUCAUUAUAGCCGUUAACUUAGCAGUCGGGAUUCUUCCUCAUGUCGAUAACUUUGCACACAUUGGUGGUUUCUUGACUGGAUUUCUCUUGGGCUUUGUUUUGAUGCUUCGUCCCCAGUUCGGGUGGGUUCGACGUCAGCAUCUUCCUGCUGGUGCUCAUGUAAAAUCAAAGCACAAGGCAUACCAGUAUGUUUUCUGGGUGAUUGCUAUGGUUUUAGUCAUUGUUGGUUUCACAGUGGGACUGAUAAUGCUGUUUAGAGGAGAAAACGGAUACGACCAUUGCAGGUGGUGCCAUUACCUUAGCUGUGUGCCUACAUCAAAUUGGCACUGUGGAAACAAAUGAAGCAUUACCACUAAUACCCAGACUUGAUCUUCUCCCCCUUUAUUCUUUCAUAUUUCUGUUUAUAUUUUUAUCGGUUUAUUAAUUUCAUUCACUUGUUAU